UGGGGACGCCCGCUGCGGCAGCGCGCCAGUCGGGAGCCGGCGGAGAGGGAACGCGGCGGAGGUGAAGGCUGGAGGAGGGCGAGCCGGUGUGUCAUCAGAGGCUCUUGGGGACCCCUGGGGUCCGGCGCUCAGAACUCGGAGCUCGCCUUCUCCGUCCUCCCCCCUCAUUACGUCUGUACCAGCCGGGGCUUUGAGUUACAUCUUCGCCGAGGACAGAGAAGUGUCCGGCAGGCUUGGCUGGAAUGGAAGACCCGUGUUGACUCUUGGGGACCUUCCAGUUCAGAAAAUGACGGCCUUCCCUGGUGUCGCGGCCCGGGCGGCCGUGCUGUGCUGUCCAGAUUCGGGGGUGACAGCCUGGGGUCCCCUUGCGGAGAUGCCGGCUGGAAGCUCUCCCGGUGGGGAAAGUGCUGUUAAUCAGGGCAUUAGAAAUGGCUACGCCCCAGUCAGUUUUCACUUUCGCCAUCUGCAUUUUAAUGAUAACGGAAUUAAUUCUGGCCUCAAAAAGUUACUAUGAUAUCUUGGGUUUGCCAAAAUCAGCAUCAGAGCGCCAAAUCAAGAAGGCCUUUCACAAAUUGGCCAUGAAGUACCAUCCCGACAAAAAUAAGAGCCCUGAUGCGGAAGCGAAAUUCAGGGAGAUUGCAGAAGCCUAUGAAACACUGUCAGAUGCUAACAGGCGAAAAGAGUAUGACUCUCUUGGACACAGUGCUUUCACUAAUGGCAAAGGACAAAGAGGUAGUGGAAGUCCUUUUGAACAGUCAUUUAACUUCAAUUUCGAUGACUUAUUCAAAGACUUUGGUUUUUUUGGUCAAAACCAACACACUCGGUCUAAGAAGCACUUUGAAAAUCACUUCCAGACACGCCAGGAUCGUUCCGGUAGACAGAGGCAUCACUUCCAGGAGUUCUCUUUCGGAGGUGGACUGUUUGAUGACGUGUUUGAAGAUAUGGAGAAAAUGUUUUCCUUCAGUGGCUUUGACCCCACUGGCCGGCACACGGAGAAUAGAUUCCAUGGAUCUAGCAAGCACUGCAGGACUGUCACUCAGCGCAGAGGAAAUAUGGUCACUACAUACACUGACUGUUCAGGACAGUAGUUCACUUUCCUUCUGUUCUCACCGAGCUAGCUGACUGUUCUUCAGUAUCUCUGAUGCAAAAGUUUUCUGUGAACUAUUUUGACGAGUGCAUGAUUUCACUUAACUUGAUACAGUUGUUAAAUAUAUUUAAAUUGUUUUUGACAAAUUAACAUUCAGUUAAUAGAGAAAUUGUUAAUUAAUUUCUCUGAUUAGUAAAAGGUCUUGAAAAAGAAAAAGGAGAUGUAAUUUUGCCUGGUCUUUUUUCUCCACCUGGGGCCAGUUUUAUUGCCAAGAAAGGAAUGAGUUUGCCUGAUUUAUAUUUAAAGGUUAAACUCUUAAAUUUAUGUUAGAUUUUAGUUGUUUGAACUUGAAUGAUUUUUGCAGUGGAACCUCUGCUAACUUAAAAUUGCAUGCUCUGUAGCAUGGCUGACUUGAGUUGCUAAGUGUACGGGGAACUGGACGAAGGGGCGUUGAGCAAGGGAGAGCGGUGGCUUGGUAAAUGUCCACCGCAGCUUCAGGAAGGCGUGGCUGAACAUUUACCCCGGCCGUGCCUUUCUGCUGUCCAAUGGGCGUAAAGGAAAUGAUGGUGCUGCUCACCGUCACUCGUGCUGAAAAAGUUGGGGACUUAGGAAAUAUUGCCAAGAGAUUGUUACGUGUUUGGCCCCUGGCUAAUGAUUUUGUAAGGUUGGAAUCAUAGCUACUUCACAUACCUUUUCACCUUUCUUUCUUGUUGGCCCUGUAUGUCUUAAUACAGGUGUAUGGGUUUUGUGUGUGUGUGUUUCCUCUUCUUUGCACUCAUCUUUAUCUAGAAAUUGACUAAUACCUCAUUCUGUUUGUAAAAACAGUAAUUUCUACGCAACCUUAUUAUGUGCAAUAUUUUUAAAUUCUAAGAAAUGUGUGCUUUUGUUUUCAGAUAGACUUAUUUCUUUAGUUCCGCACUUUCCCACAUUAUACUCCAUAUGAGUAUUAAUCCUAUUGAUACAUAUUAAAAGUAGUAAAUGUCUCAUACAAUGUGUGUGAGUGAGAGAAAUAUAAUAUUUACAAUAUAAUGUUCUCUGGUGUCAUUUCUUCAUUAAAAGUUUACUCUGCAA